UGAUUGGAAGAUGUCAGAUCUCUUGCACGGCCGACACGACACGCGCUACCUCGUGUAUUUUUGGUAGGAAUAAAAAUCAGUAAUUUUUAUUGAUUUUUAGCUUCUAGUGAAACAUCCACCAUUUUGCAUCACUCAUCUAUCGUCUUUCCCAUUGAUUUGAUUCAAGUGCAAUUCUAAAAACGAUAAACACAAAAGUGAAAAGCAUGGCUUCCUAUCUAGCAUGCGAAAAACAUUGGGCAGAAAAACCCAACUAUGAUGAUGCUGAGAAAAAAUACUACGAGUACCUAGCACAGCAUUCAGUUGGAGAAUCACGUAAGCAUUCCAUCUGUCCGAAUAUAACGCAGAAGUCUGUGGCUUCUCAAGUCCAGCCAAAACCAGAGAUGCCCAAAAUGGAGCAAUCGUCACCGGCCCCAGCUGCCGCCGCCACUAUUAAUGGUGAACAAUCCAAGGUGAAAAAAGAGAGAAAGAGAAACAGGAAAAACAAGAAAGAUACUUCACAAUCACCCGAUCCUGUUAUGCCGGUUGCAAUUGUAGUACCGCCCAAUCAACAAGUGGUGGCACCACAGCCUGUAAUACCCGUUGCAACAGAGGAAGCAUCUCAAGAGCAAGCUAAGAAAAAGGCUAAAAAAAGCAAGAAAAAUAAAGCCAGCCAGGAAGCCGCAGCCGAGACUGUGAUUGGCAAUACCACCUGUCCGGCAACUAACAACACUAUACUAACCGAAAAAAGUCAGCAAGAGAAUACCAAGAAUCUGAAGGAGAAGGAGAAUCUGGCACAUAAGCUUUGUGGAAAUAUUACGGAGGAGAUAAACAAGAUUAGUACAUUCCCCCCGGCACAAUGCACGCUGGCGUCGGAAAUCUCCAAGGCUAGACAGCACAUCAAGAACUCACUUGAACGCAUGGAUGGUAUCGCUGCUCUGGCCGCUAGUCCCGGUGCCGAGCUUCUUGAUCGUCUGUCAACGGUCGAGAAGGAAAAUGAGAAAUUGCGUUCGGUCAUUGAUGGCCUGAACAAAUUGGUUAUCGAUCUUCAUGAGCGUGUAAAGUCGUUAGAGACGGGUUCAAUGGUCCCGGUAGCACCGAAAGCAGCAGCGCCGGCUCCAGCCAAGAAAGCUCCAGCACCUGCCAACGAAGAUGAAGAUGAUGACGAUGUUGAUCUGUUCGGUUCGGAUGAUGAAUCUGAAGAUAAGGCAGCAGCUGAACUACGCGAGAAGCGACUAGCCGACUACGCCGCUAAGAAGUCUAAGAAACCUGCUCUGAUCGCAAAAUCAAACAUCAUUCUUGACAUCAAACCGUGGGAUGAUGAAACAGAUAUGAAAUUGAUGGAACAAGAGGUUCGCAAAAUCAGCACCGAUGGUCUGCUUCUUGGUGCAUCAAAGCUGGUUCCCCUAGCUUACGGAAUUCACAAGCUUCAGAUAUCCUGUGUGAUCGAGGACGAUAAGGUGUCGGUCGAUUGGCUGCAAGAGGAGAUCGAAAAGAUCGAAGAUUACGUCCAGAGUGUGGACAUUGCCGCGUUCAACAAGAUCUAGAAAGCUGUCAUUAACGCGUCUGUGUAAACCAAUGCUCAUUAGAAACAAUUACAACUUGGACAAUUAUGUGUAAUCUUUGUAUCGCCCUACUUUUCAAAUUGAACGUUUUUAACACUUGAAUACCGCAAAACAACAACAGAAACAAUACAAACUCUAGAUGUUCAAAAUAAAAGAACUGAAAUUUGUGAACCUAGCCAA